AUGACAACUUACUUUCCCAUCCGCGAGAUUUCCUCAUACUCGAUGAGGAACUGGACUAUCAAGGCCAGGGUUACUGCUAAGUCGCCUGUCCGACACUUCACCAAUGCUCGUGGCGGAGGAUCGGUCUUCAGCGUUGACCUUCUAGACAAAGAAGGCAGCGAGAUUAGAGGGUCCUUCUUUAAUGCAGCUGCUGAAAAAUUCGAUAAGCUACUCCAGAAAGGGAAGGUGUAUACCUUCUCCAAAGGCAAUGUCAAGAUCGGCAAAGAAGAUGAUGAAUUGCAUAGAGCUAAGAUUCAUCAGUCGAUGGUGGGAGAGACGAUCACAAUGGAGUCAGCAGUGGCUAGCGGUGCCUGA